CGAAAGAUCAGUAUAGUUUACUAUCGAUUUCAAGCUGCAUUGUUUGAGAUUCAAAUUUCAGAAUGUUCGAAUUUUGAAUCACGGUAAUCAAGGUUGGACAUCGAAUGAAAGGAAGAAGAAAGAAGGAUGGAAAAUUGUGGAUGUUCAAUUUUCGAAUUUAUUAAAUUUCAUGUAUAUUAUUGAAAAUUAAUUUAUCGUGGCUUGUUGUAUAUGCAAAUUCCGUGUAAUUAAUAAAUAAUCGGUUGUGAAUUAACAAAGAUUCGCGAAAAGAAGAGAAAGACGCAUCAAACAUCGAGAGCAAAAGAUUUAAUAGAUUUUUAACAGACAUCGUGAGAAACCGAAAAAAAACGAGGCAAUGUGAAAAUAAAAGAAAAUUGGCCACAAUCAUUGGUAUAUUAAUGGUAAUCGUGGUUGCUUUGUUAAUAACGCUGGUUUCGCAGAUGGUUAUUUAUCGUAAGGGGGCCUAUAAUGAGACAUGCCAGAGUGAAGAAUGCGUGAAGACAGCUGUUAGAAUAAUGGACGCGAUGAACAGGUCCGUUGAUCCUUGUCAAGAUUUUUACGAAUUCGCCUGCGGCGGUUGGAUUUCAAGAAAUCCUAUACCGCAGAGUCAAACUUCCUGGGAUCAACUGAGUGUUCUCAGAGAACAAUUGCUAAAGGAUCUAAGGAUACUGCUGGAAAAAAUGGACGAAGAGAACGAUUUGAGACCGGUGAAGUUGGCUAGAGCUUUAUACAGAACUUGUAUGAACAUAACGGGCAUCGAAGCUUUGGGAAUGAAACCUGUCUAUGAAAUGUUUGACAGGCUCGAAUUACCAAAAGAUCCAUUCGUACAAAACGAAACUUUAUCUUUUGAUCUUUCUCAUAUUGUCGGAAGAAUACAGCGAGUUCUAGGCUUGAGUGUGUUCCUAAAUUUUUAUAUCAGCGAAGACAUACGAGACACGGCAAAGAAUAAAAUGAUGAUGGAACAAACGUCGCCAGGGUUUAACGAACGUUAUUUGCUCGACUCGUUACGCUUUCAAACAGAACUGAUAGAAUACAAGAACUAUAUAAAGAGCAUGAUCGAGUUGGCUGGCGUAGGAAACGGAAGUACUGAAUUCGCUAACGAAAUCUUAAACUUCAGCAAGAAUGUUGCGCGCAUUAUGGCAAGUCCAGAACAAAGACGCAGUGUAGAUCAUCUUGUUUACGAUAUGACUAUCAAUGAAUUACAACAGAUGACAGAUUUGUACACACAACAGUGGAACUGGACCAAAUAUUUGGAAGCGGUAUUCAACAAUACAAAUGUAACGAUAAAUACUGAGUUGGAUCAUGUAGUCGUAAUGGAUCUGCAAUAUUUACAAAAAUUACCUAAACUGUUAGCGACUACUCCAUUCACUACAAUAGAUCCAUAUGGUCCACUUACAUAUGUACAUCAUUCGUUUUAUAUGCGCAAUUUGCAUUAGGUUUAGAUCAUGUCAACAAUACUGUGAUCAAAACGUUUCAGCGCGAUUCGUAUGGUGGAACGUUUAUUCGACAAUUGCUCCGUUAACGUUACAACAAUUUCGUGACCUUGGUUUUCAAUUCUCACAGAAAGUUUUCGGUUUGAAAGAAGAGGCACCCAGAUGGAAAGCUUGUACCGGAAACGUGAACGCAAAUUUUGGUAUGGCUGUCAGCUACAUUUACGCGCAAGGACACUUCGAUGACAGAGCUCGACAACAGGCUUUAGUAAUGUUGCUCGAUAUUAAAGCAGCAUUCGAUCAAAUGAUUGCCGAAUUAGAUUGGAUGGAUGCUGACACGAAAGCUCGAGCUCAUACAAAGUUGCAAGCGAUAAGGCCGUUCGUAGGAAUUCCAGAUUGGAUUAGUAAUUCAGAAAAAUUGGAUAAAUUUUAUGAAGGGAUAGACAUUAUACCUGGACAAUUGUUCGAUACAUUUUUAUUGCUAAUCGACGCGAAAACCAAGAAAAGUUUAAAUAGCUUGCGUGAAAAACCGGACAAAAAUCGAUGGAUAUCGGCCGGUACCACGGUAAAUGCGUUCUAUAGCGCGAUAUUAAAUUCAGUCAGUCGUAGAUACGAUCAGAAUGGAAAUAUUCGGCAAUGGUGGAGCAACGAGACGUUACGACAUUAUCACGAGAAAGUUAAAUGUAUAAUUGAACAGUACGGUAACUAUCAUUUGCCAAAGCUGGCUGAUAAUUUCAGAGUGAAUGGCGUGACUACACAAGGAGAAAACAUAGCUGAUAAUGGUGGUAUACGAGAGGCCUACAAAGCGUAUCAACGAUUCAAAAAGAGAAAUACUGAUCGACUAGUUUUACCUGGCCUCGUUAAUUAUAGUCAAGAGCAAUUAUUUUUUCUAAGUUUUGCACAAGUUUGGUGCGGUAGUUAUACAAACGGAGCAUUAAAAUCUAAAUUGAUACAAGGAGUUCACGCGCCAAAUCAUUUCAGAGUUAUCGGAACAUUAGCGAACAAUGCAGAUUUUGCGAGAGCAUGGAAUUGCCGGGCUGAAAGUCCCAUGAAUCCAUCUCGCAACUAACAAAUACUUAUCACCAUUGGGACUCCACUUAAGAAUGUGUAUAUUUUUAGCAUCUAAUUUCAAUCUUGGGGUUAAAUUUGUGGCAUAUGCUUGUCUUCCUUUAACUAGAUUCCAUGUUCGAAGAAUUCCAUCCGCUCCAGUAGAUAGUGCUAUUUUUCCUGAUGGAUGA